AUGUUCUAUAUAAACGUAUGGAAAAUAAAAAAAAAUACUUUAUCUACUAGUGUUGAGUUUUGCUUUUACACUGAACAGAGAAAUGUGAGCAGAAUAUCCGACAAAGAAAAAAAACGACCUCGGUGA